AUGUUUGGAGCAACUAUAGUUGCUUCUAAAAAUGGAGAUAAUGUUUUGGUCUGCUUAUUUCUAAAAUAUAAAACUUUUUUACAAUUUGCCUGUGCUCCCCACUACAAAUAUUUCUUUGCAAAAUUCGAUGUUGUAGAGCCUGUAGGAAGUUGUUAUUAUUCUCGGGAUUAUUUUAGUAAAAUACAAGAAUUUGCUCCUUGUAGACAAGAACCCGCCCGUCACGGUCACCACCGCUUAGGUUACGGAAUGUGUGGAUUUAGUGCUGCUGUCCCCGAUUUUGGGAAUGAACGACUUUUUAUUUCUGCGCCGGGUGCUUGGUAUUGGCAGGGAUCUGUAUUCUCUCAAAAUAUUCAUAACAUAACAGACAGGCCAAAUACGGCUGAUGGUCCUGCAUAUACUGACAAUCAAGAGCUUGGUUAUUCAACAGCAACAGGGGACUUUGAUGGUGACAAACUUGAUGAUAUUGUUGUUGGAGUACCUAGAGGGAAUGAAUUAAUUGGAAUGGUUUCAAUUUACUCGAGGCAACUCAAACCAAUUGCUAAUUUAACAGAAAAAGAUGGACAGCGUGGACAAUACUUUGGGGCUUCUGUUGCAGUUUUAGAUUUUAAUAAUGAUGGACUUGCGGAUAUAGUUGUUGGUUCACCUCUCUAUAUUAACUGGGCAAACGUUGAUGGAAAGACACAGGAACGAAAACCUCAAUAUGAUAUUGGAAAAAUUAGUGUUUAUAUUCAAACGGGGAUUGGCACAUUUAGAGAACCCGUUAUUAUUUUGGGUCAUGAACAGUGGAGCCGUUUUGGUUAUUCUUUGGCGGCUGCAGGGGAUUUAAAUGGGGAUGGAUUUCAAGAUUUGCUGGUCGGUGCGCCUUAUGAUGGAGAGGAUGGGCGUGGUAUUGUCUACAUAUUUCAUGGUUCUUCAGAAGGAAUUAGGGAGAAAUAUACGCAAAAAAUUCUUGCUAGAGAUGUCCACCGAGAUAUGCGGACUUUUGGAUUUUCUCUACGCGGUGGUAGAGAUGUUGAUGGAAAUGGAUAUCCUGAUAUAGCUAUUGGGGCAUUCAAAAGUAAUCAGGCAGCAGUUCUUCGAAGUCGUCCAGUAAUCCAAGUAGUUGGUUCUGUUCGAACUACAAGAAAAACAAUUAAUUUGGAUGAGAAACAGUGUGUGACAGAGUUUGGGAAAAUGCCUUGUGAUCGUCUAAGAUUGUGCCUUAAAUAUGCAGGGAAAUUAGUAGCAGGUGCUGACCAUCAACAGAUUGCUCUCAAAGUAGAAAUCCACCUUGAUGCCCUCAAAAAAGGGCUUUCCUCUCGAGCAUUUUUCUCUCGUGCAGAAUUGGAAAAGCGGAGAGAUUCUAAUAUUCGAGUACACCAAGCAUCUUCAAGUAGAGAUCAGCCUGAUAGAAUUGAGCAUACUUUAACGCUUACAAAGGGGCGGGAGCACUGUGAAAGUUAUGAAAUAUAUGUUCCGGACACAAUUCGAGAUAAAAUUUCACCAAUUCUCAUUUCUGUUAACUACAGCUACGUGGAAAGUGGUAUUCCUGGACGUUUAGAACAUGCUGUAGACACAACACUUGUUGAGGGUUUAGAUACAGAAUUAAUUAUAGAAAAGGACUGUGGGGAAGAUAAUAUUUGUGUGCCUGAUUUACACAUUACUGCGAGACCAGCAAAAGAUAAAUUUACAAUUGGAGCUAUAGAUCAAACAUUAAUUCUCAAUGUGAGUGUGGAGAAUAAAGGAGAGGAUUCGUAUCUAACACAAUACACUGUGUCUAUACCUCCAGGAUUUGAAUAUGGAGGAAUUGAAAAUUAUGAAACAAAAUAUUCUGUCAGUUGUUCCCCAGCAGAACACCAACAAAUAAUUCAAAAAAAUAGUCAACAACCUUAUGAAUUUAUUUGUGAUAUUGGAAAUCCUCUCCCUGCGGGGGCUACAGCUAAUUUUGGAUUUAAACUAAGAGGGCAUGAUGUGGAUAUGUCUAAAGAGUUUGUAGAGUUACGGAUGGGUGUAAACAGUACAAAUGAAGAAGCAGCAGGUGCUGGAGGCGAUAAUCAAAUGGUUUUGCGUAUUCCAAUAGAGGUUAAUGCACAGCUUGGUUUGAUAGGAAGGAGUACUCCUCCCCAAGUGGAUUAUUCUGUGCGUAAUCGAACGCCGGGAGUGGCGGCCACGUUUGACUUUGAUAUUGGGCCUACAGUUAGUCAUCUUUUCCAGGUUACAAACAGAGGCCCCAGUGCCAUUAGCGGCGCCACUCUCGAUAUCUUUUGGCCUUCAUUUUCCGAAGGAGACCGUUAUCUUCUAUAUUUGAUUGAUCAACCUUUUGUUAGCGACACAACAAAAGCAAAAUGCCGAUUAAAUCAACCUCAACAUAUUAACCCGGCAAAUUUAGCGAUUUCUAACGUUCAUAUGGCUACAGCUAGUCCAAUUGGGGCUCAUGGCAUUGAAGAAGAUGGGGAAGUAAAUGUUGAGCCUGAAGAGGAGGAGGAGGAAGAAAUUGAAACACCUCAAAGGCAAAGUAAUAAACAUAAGGGAUGGGCUGUAGAAGAUGGAGAAAAUGAGGAUGAAAAUAAUCUGGAAUAUCAGGAUUAUAAUCCAAAUAAUCCAAGAAAGCGUCGACAAAGCGCAGUUCAAAGAAAUCUUAGAGCUCAGAAGCACAUGCUACGUGAUGCUGUCCAACAUGCAAAACAAUCUGGGGGUGCUACAGAAUAUCAUGGACUGUUAGGAAGAAAUACAAUUAACUGUGCCGCACUAAAUUGUACCCACAUUGAAUGUGACAUUGGCCGUUUGGAGGAAAAUGAAUUUGUGUUAGUUGAAGUAUUCUCUCGAUUAUGGCUGAAUACUUUAAUUGACGAGAAUCAUCUUGAUGGGGAAAUUUCUUCAAUAGCUUUAGCUAGAAUCUCUGCAUUGCCUUUUGCACCCAAAUAUUCACCUCCUGCUUUGUUAAUUGCUGUUAAUACAGAAGUGAAUCCGACAGAUCCAGAAGCUGGAAUUUGGGAACUACCGUGGUGGCUUUGGCUUCUAGCAAUAUUAAUAGCAUUAUUGUUACUUGCCUUAAUUAUUUUUUGUUGUUAUCAGUGCGGUUUCUUUAAACGUACACGUCCACCCCCGCAAGAAAAGGCUCGCUUACGACCAGCAGAAAGGCCUGCUUCAGGGUACGAAAGUGACACCGUUGAUGGGGGUCACACAAAUGGACAUUAUGCAGAUAAUGGGGCUAGAUAUGCUCCUCCACAAAUGUAA